AUGCCUCGUGCGGAGUGGAAUGGUGAAGUUAUUGCGGAAAGUGACAUAUAUGAGACAGUGGAAGGAAAUGUUUAUUUUCCGCCAGAAAGUAUUAAACGGGAAUACUUUGUAGAAAGCCCUCACACUACCACUUGUUCUUGGAAAGGGGAAGCUUCAUAUUAUACACUUUCGGUUAAUGGUAAAACUAACACUAACGCUGCAUGGUAUUAUCCCAAUCCAAAACCUGCUGCUCAAAAUAUUACAGGAUACAUUGCCUUUUGGCGUGGUGUUAAAGUUAAAUGA